AUGAUAGGGUUCGAGAAAUGUCACGACUACGAGUCAUCAAAAGUUCUGGUGAGUAUGUUGCUGGUGCAAGCAUUCGCGACCGGGUUGCAGCUGCUUUCCAAGAUCAUAUUGAACGACGGGACCUUCAUUUUCGCUCUCUUGGCUUAUCGUCAUGUGGUUGGUGCGGUUUGUGUCGCCCCGCUCGCUCUCUACUUCGAAAGAGGUAACGCGACGAAGCUGAGCUUGAAGGUGUGGUCUUGGCUCUUCAUUAACGCAUUAACCGGAGUAUUAUCAUUGCCAAUGGGACUAUACUACUACGGUCUCCGGGAUACAACCGCAACAUAUGCUGCCAACUUCUUGACCGUAAUCCCGAUCGCCACCUUCGUCUUUUCCAUCAUUCUAAGAGUAGAGUCAUUGGGCUUAAACACCAGAGCAGGUAAAGUGAAGACAAUAGGAGCGAUACUCUGUGUUGCGGGCGCGCUAACAACUAUCUUCUACCAAGGAAAAUCGUUCCACAUCAAUCAUCAACAAUCUCGCUCUCAUGCUAUCACCAAGAACAUUCCAUCUAAUUGGACGAGAGGCACGCUUAUGUUGCUCGGAAGCUGCCUAUCUUUUGGUGUCUGGUUCACAGUGCAGGUUAAGCUGAUUAAAGUCUUCCCGUUGAAGUAUUGGUCCACGAUGCUGACGUGCAUCAUCGCGUCCGGGCAAGCAACAACCGUGGGCUUGUGCAUCAAUCGUAGUAGGAAGUCGUGGAGUCUAGGAUGGAAUCUGCAGCUGAUCACCAUUGUCUACUCGGUAAGAUUCUUCAUACGGGGAGCAUUCGUAACAGCUACCGCUUUCUGCUUAAUCUCUUGGGUGAUUGCGAAGCGAGGCCCUACCUAUCCUGCGAUGUUCAACCCGUUGAUUCUGAUCUUCGUCACUGUGCUAGAAGCGCUCCUACUCAGAGAGGCAAUCCACCUUGGGACUUUAGUCGGAACUAUACUGAUCCUAGGAGGAAUAUACUCCUUCUUAAGUGGAAAAAGGAAGGAGUCGAUCAUGAAUAUACAACCUCCGGUCAAUAACGUCGCGCCUAUGGAUGUCGAGGCAAUGGUUACUGAAGCCACAGCAAUCCCGCCACCGAAAGCGAUGAUCGUCUUGCUGAGCGAUUCGCUAGAGCAAAUAGAUUUCACAAAGCAACAACGAAAUGUAGGUAAUAAGGAAUGGCCCUGAUGU